AUGUUGCCUCUGCUACCGGAUACAGCACGGCCAGACUUACAAUAUGAAACCGGAAAUGAGUCUGAGGAUGAUUCGUUCCUAGCAGAACCAACCGAAUCACAUCAAGACUUGAAUUAUGUGGAGUUUGAUUUCACCAAACAGAAUAACCAAUCCAACAGUUCAUUGAACAGAGCCAUGUCAUUUAUGCAAUCUAGUGAUAGUUUAGUCACCCAACUGCGAAACACUACGACACUGAAUAGUGUAUCAUCUACAAGGAACAGUAUAUCAUCGCCUGGAAUGGCCAGAAGUCUUUCCCCGGUUCAAAAGAAGGUCCAUACGACCGCAAUCAAGGAGAAUCACGAUGACGAGGACGUGGAUCCAGUGAAAGCCACGGCCAACGAUAAAGUUAGCACGGAUGUUGAUGAAGAGGAUGACUUCUUUAAUGAUAAGGAUACUGCUUGGAAACAUAUCAAACAGAUCACAGAAUUCGACUACUACAACGAUAGAGGGGAUUUGGAGUUUAAAGGUGAAACCACCGAUCCUUUCCUUGAGAACUUGGCCAUGACCACUGGGUAUACGAGAAUAGAUACCGAGGAACAAGUGGCCAAAUACUUGGAACUAGACCGAAAAACAGACUUCCUUUUCAAGGACACGGUUCCAGAUAAAGUGGCACAGUAUCAAGACAUGGAAUAUAAUUCUGAUGAUGAUUCAGGAUACCAUGAUGAAGCCAUAAACUCUUCGGAUACGUUGGAAUCUACAAGACAAAUGCUUACCGAGAAUCAACAAUUUGCAUAUGUUGCAGCCACAAAGUUAAUAACCGUGGAAAUGGCCACUAAUUUAGCCAAAAUCAAGCUUCCAGCAAGCUCCAAAUAUUCUAGUCAAUUCAAUCUUGGUCAAAGAAACUUUGCAAAUUGGACCAUGUAUGUUAUGUUGAAGAUGUAUGAACAUAUGAAGUGUUCUGAAGAAGAACAAGCCAUGAUAGAGAAACUUAGUGUUCAUGGGAUUGAAAUUGAUCCUUUAUUGGAUUCAUUAAGGAAUGAUCCUCAUCAAGUUCCUGCCACAUUACGUAAGAAUAAGAAGUACCAUUGGAGUAAAGAAGCUCCCUAUGAUUUAAGAUGGGUCAUUGUAUGUGAUUUAUUCCUAUUACUUUUAAGUGAUGGUUAUUUUGAUAGUAGAUCAAAGACAUUACUAUUAACAUUUGCCCAAUACCUUGGAUUAAGAGAAUUGGAAAUCUUACAGUUUGAAAGAAGACUAACAAGUAGUCUCGAUAUUGAAACUAAUAACAAAUCCAUUGAAAAUGAUGAUGAAAAGUUAAUUGAUAAGAUUUUGAUUGAUAAACAAAUUAAAAAGAAUAAGAAAAAAAGAUUGGCUUAUAUUGGUAUGGCAACUUUAGGUGGUGGGCUUGCAAUAGGGUUAUCAGCUGGGUUAUUAGCACCUGUUAUUGGUGCUGGGUUGGCUGCUGGGUUAACAACCAUAGGAAUCACUGGUUCCGGUGGGUUUCUUGCGGGAGUUGGUGGAGGUGCAAUCAUUACCACUGCAGGUAUUGCUAUUGGAGCCAAUGUUGGAGCUAAAGCAGGGUCUAGAAGAGCCGGAGAUGUUCAUACCUUUGAAUUCAAACCCCUACACAACAAUAAGCGUGCCCAAUUGAUUCUUACGGUAUCUGGAUGGAUGAACAGUGAUUUGGAUGAUGUUAGAUUACCAUUUUCCACCGUUGAUCCAGUAAUGGGAGACAUUUUCUCUUUAUUAUGGGAACCGGAAAUGUUACGAUCUAUGGGUCAAACUAUAGGAAUUCUUGCCAGUGAAGCCUUAUCUACAUCAAUUCAACAGAUUUUGGGAGCAACCAUUUUAACUUCCCUUAUGGCUGCAAUCCAAUUACCAAUGAUUUUAUCCAAGUUGUCUUAUUUACUUGAUAAUCCAUGGAAUGUUUCUCUCGAUAGAGCAUGGAAAGCAGGCAAGAUAUUGGCAGAUAAUUUGAGUGAGGGGAACUUGGGUAUAAGACCCAUCACCCUUGUUGGGUUCUCAUUAGGAUCUCGUCUUAUCUAUUCAUGUCUUACGGAAUUGGCCAGAAGAGGGAUCUAUGGGUUGGUAGAAAAUGUGAUUAUUCUUGGGUCUCCAGUUACAGUUAAUGUUGACCAAUUAUCUUUAGCUCGUUCAGUUGUUAGUGGACGUUUCAUCAAUGGGUAUUCCAAAAAGGACUGGAUUUUGGGCUAUUUAUUUCGGGCCACUAGCGGAGGUCUUAUGACCGUUGCAGGAUUAUCCCCCAUUGAGAAUGUUUAUGGAAUAGAGAACAUAGAUUGUACGGAGUUUGUGGAGGGCCAUAUGGCUUACAGACAAGCCAUCCCCAAGAUUCUAAAGGAACUUGACUGGGAAGUCUUGAGUGAAACGUUUGCUGAAAUCGAAGAGCCCGAUCCAGAACAAGUGGAAAGACAACGAAAAUUGGUGGACGAGUUUGAAGAGGCCAAACAGAAAAUGGAACAAGAUAUUGAAAAUGGAAAGUACAAGAAGAAGAGCUGGAAGUUCUGGACUAAGCCUUCGAAAAAGAAUUGGUGGGAUACAGUUGGUAAUACAGCAACUACAAAGAAUACAGAAGAAGCCACAUCUACUGAGUCCAACGAUACAGGGGCCACUGUACCCAAUAGGGAAACAGAAGAGUAUCAAGUCGAGACCGAGACCGAGACAGAGACAGAGUCCGGUGCUUUAUUCGACAUCGAUGCCUUGAAAAAUGAAAUCAAAGACAUAGAAGCCACCACCCAAAAGGCUCAUCACUAA